CUCUGCCUUUCUCACUCCGUUCUCCUCGCAUUCACUGCUGGCUAAUGUGCCUGUGCCAUUCUCUUCUGUUCAGCGCUCUGUUCCAGUCAGUCAAUCCUAGACUCUGGCACUUCACUGCUUGCUUCCACUUUGUUCAAAUUUCACUCCACCCCCCGUUGCCCUCGUCGCACGCACGUUUGAUAGCAACUAAGCGCUCCCGAUUUGGCCGAUUGCAGCCAUGGCUGGUCUCGGUCCCAUUGAUCUUUCUAUGACGAAUGGAGCUGCUGAGAAGAAACGAGUUGCUUAUUUCUACGAUUCCGACGUGGGCAACUAUGCUUACGUUGCUGGGCAUCCGAUGAAGCCUCAUCGGAUUCGAAUGACCCAUAGCUUGGUCAUGAAUUAUAGCUUGUACAAGAAGAUGGAAAUCUACCGCGCCAAACCGGCCACCAGGCUAGAAAUGACACAGUUUCACACUGAUGAAUAUAUUGAUUUUUUGUCCAAAGUAACCCCCGACAACAUGGAAAGCUUUCAGAAAGAGCAGCAGCGAUACAACGUGGGUGAUGAUUGCCCCGUAUUCGACGGACUCUUCGAAUUUUGCGGCAUCAGCGCCGGCGGCUCCAUGGAGGGCGCGGCGCGCCUUAACCGGGGCAAAUGCGACAUCGCCGUGAACUGGGCCGGUGGUCUUCACCACGCAAAGAAGAGCGAAGCCAGUGGCUUUUGCUACGUUAACGACAUCGUUCUCGGAAUCCUCGAGCUGCUUCGUUUCAAACAGCGCGUUCUCUAUGUCGAUAUUGAUGUACACCACGGUGACGGUGUCGAAGAGGCCUUCUACACGACCGAUCGCGUUAUGACCGUCUCAUUUCACAAGUACGGUGAGUACUUCCCCGGCACGGGCGAACUCCGCGAUAUUGGUGUCGGUGCCGGGAGGUAUUAUGCAGUGAACGUUCCGCUGCGCGAUGGUAUAAACGACAUCUCAUACAAAGGAAUUUUCGAACCCGUGAUCAAGAACGUAAUGGAGUGGUAUCGACCUGAGGCCGUCGUCCUCCAGUGUGGCGGUGAUAGUUUAUCGGGUGACCGUCUUGGUUGCUUUAACCUCAGUAUGAGAGGCCAUGCCAACUGCGUGAAAUACGUCAAGAGCUUUGGACUCCCGACCAUGAUCUUGGGUGGCGGCGGGUACACCAUGAGAAACGUUGCCCGUACGUGGGCAUUUGAAACGGGUCUGCUUGUCGGGGAGCAGCUGCCCACCGAAUUGCCCUACAAUGAUUACUAUGAAUAUUUUUCGCCCGAUUACGAACUGGAUGUUCGGCCAUCCAAUAUGGAUAAUAAUAACUCUAGAGAAUAUAUCGAUAGAAUCCGGAAGCAGGUCAUUGAGAACCUGAAGCGUUCCGCCCACGCGCCUUCCGUGCAGAUGACGGAUGUUCCCCGUGACGCUUUGGUCGAUGGCAUGGAUGACGAGGCCGACGCUAUCCUUGACGAUCUGGAUGAGGACGAAAACAAGGAUACGCGAUUCACAAAGAGACGAUUCGAUCAAUAUAUUGAAAAAGAAGGUGAACUAAGCGAGAGUGAAGAUGAGGAGAUGGCAGCUGAGAAUGGUGUCCGCCGCCAACCCAAUGGCACAAAGCGGCGCAAUCAAGUCAAUUACCGAAACUUAGAACCUGAAUCUGGAAUGAACAGUGGUAUUGCCACUCCUCGCGAUGCGUCUUCCGUCGCUGAUGAGGAGGUUUCUGAUACGAAGAUGGACGAUGUUGGAGAUAUUGAUAUCCCGGAUAAGCGCUCACCUACCCCCACUGCGGAACCUUCAACUCGACCUGAAUCAAGGAUAGAGACGGAGGAGCCCUCCGUUCCAGAGCAACAAACAGCCCCCACGACUGAAAAUGAAGACAAAAUACCGGUAGCAUCUCCUCCAGUGUCGCCACAGGGGUCGGCACAACCGAAUGGUGACGAGGAUACCAAUAUGGAGGACGCAAUCGUCGAGCCAGAGCCAUCCGAGCCGCCAACGGCCCCCAGCGAACCUUUGGUCGCUACUCCCCCCAAAUCACCUCAACCUGAAGCUUCGGCCCAAUCAGCCACAUCUCCUCACCCCGCAGAACCUGAGGAGGGUCCUGCGAAUGCUGAGUGACGGAUGCGUCUACUUUACGACAAUAUGUAGCUCCAAGACAUGUACUCAUGCGGCAUUUGAUUUUCAAGGUCUGGCGCCAGGAGAAUACUAGGCGAGGUUUCAUCAUAUGAGAGUUCUAGCAAGGCGUGGAAAAGCGGCUUGGGGUGGUGGGUAAUCUACUUUACUUCGGCAAUGGGGUUUUCUCUUCAUGUUCUUGUCAUAUAUCUAUAGUGUCUAUGUUAUUUUUAGUUUCUACGGCAAUGUACAGCGUUGUGUCUGCCC